AAAAUUAAAAUAAAACAAACGGUUUAGUUGUAUAUUAGAAAAAUCUUUAUAUCACAGAUUUGAUCCCAUUCCCCCAGCAAUGACGGGAAAGCCAUCAUCAAACAACAUCUAUCUGAAAGUAGUACUACUGAUACUGUGCUCGGUGUUGGCCAUUGUCUGGGCCGUAACACUAACCCAUUUGAUUGGCAGUCACCGAAACCAGGAUGGUUGGCGACCGGACGACAUACUGACCAUCGUAUUCCUGUUGAUAUCGUUUGUAACGGUAGCCGUAGCCAUAUAUGCCAGUUGGUAUGCCCGGCCACUGUUGUGCCGGAUAUGUAUGUAUAUAUUUGCCAUACAAGCCUGUCUACUACUUGGCCUACUUGUUGUCCAUAUUAUUGUCUCCGGUAGCGCUCAGGAAGCCUAUGUCCUAUCAAAUGUCGGUUUUAUAAUUGUUUUGUGUCUAAUAGUUAUUGUCCUAUAUUUCUAUAUCAAAGAUAUAUCAAUGGAUAAAAUAGAUAUAUAG